UAUUAUUACUAUUGUUGUUGCUGUUGCUGUCGCUGGCCUUUCUUUCAUUCUGGCUCUAUCUCACGCCAGUUUCUAUUGUUUGUUUGCCAUGCGUUUCGAUUUUGUCGUCGUUACGUUUUUAUGAUACGAAUCCGAUACUUGUCGUUUUGUUGCCUUAUCGCCGAGUGGGAGAAUCUGGAGUGGGAUGUGGUCCGAAUAGGCUGGGAUGAACGGCUGUUUUGUGUUCCAAUUUCUUGACACCCGAUUGGUUCUGCCAUUUGGUGUCUUCAAGUGUGGAGCCGUACAGUUAUGACCGGCUAUCGUCUAUCUGGACACAAAAAGUUACUUUUUGAGUUUCAUUGUUUUCGGUUUUCUGUUUUCUUGACUUGUUCCCUCGUUUUUUGCUUUUCGCUUUAUUUUGUAAAAAUCACGACGCCGUUUGUGCCAUAUCGAGCCAUCGGUCGGGGAUGACUAGCCGCUGUAUUUGUUGAUGUAUGAUGUCUGUUUAGGGUGUUGGAAGACGUUCAUUGACUUGGCGGCAGUGACAUCAUAAUUGAAAUGGACGCCGCACCACCGCCACCGUAUCAGAAAACUCAAAACCGAAGUUAUUUACACUCCCCCGGUAAUCUUAUCGCCGCCUGCUGAGCCCCAUAUAAACGCUUGAUGGCUUGCCAUAAUUCGCUAAUCAGACGCUCACCGACGGCCUGGUGUGUUCCAAUUGCACUCCCUGACAUAGAUCCGAUCCGAAAACAAUACGUACUAUAUAUGCACACGGCCGCCUUUGGAAGUGCUAACUUUGGGGCCCGGAAUGUGUAGAGCUUGUGGUGGCAACUGGGAUGUAGAUGCGGCAAUCCGGCUGGAGGAGCCGGCGGCCAAGGUGAACCACAUCAAGAGCCAGCAGGAGGAGUGCGAGCUGAAGCUGGAGAAGGAGCGGGAUGCCUGGGCGGCCCAGAUGCUGGAGCUGAUUGCCAAAGAGGACGAGAUCGUCAGCUGCAUCCGCGACUAUGUACUCAACCAAAGAAACUACCACGAGCGGGCGCUGCAGCACGUGAACGCCUCGUUGGCCCGCAUCCAGGACACCAUCCAGGGCACCGAGAAAUCCCGCUUUGGCACCUCGCUCAAGGAGCACCUGACAUCCACCAGCCGCGAGAUCUCCUACAUCGUGGAGCUGUGCUGCUGCUGCCUGCUGGAGCACGGCCUGGAGGAGGAGGGCUUGCUGCGGGUGGGCUGCGCGAGCACCAAGCUGCGCCGCAUGAAGCACGCCCUGGAGGCGCAGCACGUGAAGACGCCGCUGCCGCUGGACUACCAGGACCCCCAUGUCAUUGGCUCCAUACUCAAGCUCUACCUGCGCGAGCUGCCCGAGCCACUGCUCACCUACGGACUCUACAAGGACUUCAUCCGGAUUGCCGAACGGCACAGCGAGGCGGAGCGCAAGACGGAGAUCAAGGCCAUUCUGAGCAAGCUGCCGAAGGAGAACUACGCCAACCUGCGCUACCUCACCCGCUUCCUGUCCCACGUGCAGCAGCGCUCGGUGCACAACAAGAUGAGUUCCCAGAACCUGGCCAUCGUUAUGUCGCCGAACAUGCUGUGGCCACGCAUCGACAAGAGCAGCAAUGCCCCGGCCGAUUACAUCGGCCAGGUGAACAGCUCCUCGGCAGCCAACAUCAUCGUGGAGCUGCUCAUUAGCCAGUGGGAUUACUUCUUCAGCGGGGAAGUCGAGUUCUACCUGACCCUGCAGAGGCAGAAGCUGUUCGUCGAGGGCAAGAGCAAAUCCAACUCCUCGAACGAGAACCUGGACAGAAACGAUAGUGAAGUAUUGGAGAGUCCCCGCUAUGGGACCUUACGCAGGCAGAAAGCCAAUGCGCCUUCGCCGCCCACAACCAAUGGAAACGGCACGAGUAUGACCACAUCACAGACCUCGCACCGACCCCAUGCGAAGGAGCUGUUCCCCCAGCAGCCGUCGGGGCAGCAGGAGAAGCCCGUCAAGCCGCCGCUACCGAAUCUGCCCCAGUUUCAAUCACCAGCCGUCAGCCAGCCGACGCAGACGCAGCUUGAACCACUGCCGCCGCCUCCAGUAACACCCGCCAAGCCCGUUCCGAUGACGAGGACGCAGUUUUUCGGGCUGGACAAUCUACCCUCUCCCACGGCCGAUCGCAAGAGCACGGAUAGCAUCGGCAGCUUCAAGUUCAAGCCUGAUGUGCCCCAGAAGCCCCUGCUGCCCAAGCGGCCGAAUGUGCUGGGCGUGGGAGCACCCAAGACGGCAGAUGGCAAGAGCGACGACGAGGGCGCCACGACUCCCACCCAGGCGACCAUCGAUAAUGCCAAUGGCAGUGUGCGCAUCAAAACGGAACAUUUUCUGGACAAGCUGCGGCAGGAGAACGGUGAAACGAACGGAACGCGUGAGGAGCCGCCAGCGGUCAAGGAGAGCAAUCACAACCAGGAUCAGCCGCCGACGGCUGCAGAGCAGAAUCAGCAGCAGGCGCAGCCCCAACCCACGACACCCAUUUCUCCGAACUCGUUUCAAACGCCCAAGAGGCCAACGGUGCCAGCGCCGCCACCUCCCACAAACUGGAAGCCCGCGGAGUAGGGUGGAAAGUGAAGCUUUGCGGCGGAUGCGGAGCCAGAGUCAUUAGGUGUUACUGUUUACUCGUUAAGACUUGAACGCACAGUAAUAUAUAUAUAUAUAUAAACGAUCCUUGUGGUAGGGAGACAUUGUGCAUUAUAGAGAGAAGAGCCUCUGCAUUUGUAUUUUUGCCUUGAUCAUAAGCAAUCUAAUUUGUACGUGUUUAGCCAUAUAACAAUAUCAAGCGGUAUCCAUUUACCUAUGUGUAUGCAUAUAUAGUGUGUAGUAGGCCACCAUAACUCAAUUGUCGAAAUUUGAUUUGUUAGCCCAAGCGAGCUCUCAAUUGUUAAUCCUUGUUUGAAAGGUUGUGAUACAUCAGAAAGGUUUUGUGUUUCCUUAAUUUUUUGCAUUGCUCUCGAGUCAAUUUUGUUUCUUUUCCAACGAAAGAUAUUGUGAUUUCCUUUUAUUAAAAUUAUGAUUUCGACUAAAGCAUUAACGCUAUUGCUCCAUUCUGAAUUCGGGCAAGUACAGAACUUAUUCCAAUGUAUUCAUUUGAUUUAUUCAAAUCACCAUGUACAUUUACAUCGAACCAUUAAUUUGAUGUACGAUGUACUAUGUUUUGUAUUUUUGCUUUAUUAAUUUGUAAUGCAACUAUUAUUAUUUUUAUUUAAUAAUAAACUUAUGUAUGAUAAACUGUUGUGUAUAUAGAAUAUACAUUAAAAAAAUGAUGAAUAUGAUUUUACCAGAAAA